AUGGAGGACGACAUCACGAACUCGCACCGAGCACCCCUUCGUGCUAGGGAACGGCCAUCGCGACCACCCAGUCAGGAUCCUUUGAUAUCGCCAUCAGUAACAGUCGCAUCGAACGUUGAACAUGACCAAUUACUCAAUCGCAAAUUCUCGCAUCGGAAGCCCCAAAAGUCGAUUGGCGAUGAUUUAUACACCGAGGUCGAAAUGGAAAAGAAUUCAGCGAGGUCAACAUAUCAAGAAGACAUGCGGACUGCUCAACUCCAUCCGCCCAAAGCUUUUCAGCAGAGUCAACGCUAUAUGGGCUUCAAUUGUGGACGAUGGCGCAUACAUGUUCGCCAUGGCAUGAUGUUUGCCGCCGUUUUCGUUACAAUUUUCGUCCCAAUAUGGUACGCCGCUAUGGUGCCGUCCAAUAUCCUUCCAAACGAGUCUGAUUUCGCGUCCCCGUUCUCCUUUGACUGCUCUUCGUCGCCUGGGAAGAUUAACAUGGAUACGCUACAGCCAGGACUGCUUGGUAUUGAUAUGAAGUUUGGUAGCUUCACAUUCGACCAAGCAAAAGCAAUUGAUCUAGCCUGGAAUUUAGUUGUGGGUCGAGGUGUGCAGGCAAUCUUAAGUUUGAUAGCGUACCGGGUCUUCAGCGAUGCGUUGCUUCGUUCUGCUGAAAUAACUCACCUUUCUUAUGACCUUUAUGCAUCAUUGUCGUUGUAUACGAACAAGGGAAACAUGGCUUGGCAUCUACUGAAAGGACUUGGCAAGAGGGGCAAUUGGCGAACGAGAUCUAUAUUUAUAUGGCUACUUCUUUCUAUUGUCUACCUCGUCUCAUUCCCUAGCAUCUUGGAUGUAUGUAGUGGCUACGAACCCUCCUACACUACCAAUAUCGUAUGGGAAAACGGCACCAUUUCUCUGGUCACUGAUAAUGAGAGUGCCUGGUUCCAAAACAACACAGGUGUAACCUAUGCAAAUGACUACGUAUGUCUGGAAAUUCCGGAUCCCGCCAACCCUUCCAACUUCACCUUUUCUCUGGCUCCGCACCAGGACGAAGAUAGUGGUGAUAACGAUGGCGCUUGCGGGAAUGGCGUUUCUUCGCUGGAGGUAUACUAUUGGGAUGACGCCUUCCUCAACACAACAUGGUGGGCGCAGUUCUACAAGAACGCUACAUCGUUGUAUGAUCCCUCAACUUGGGACUCGUGGGGCUUCUGGCCUAGUAUGCCUCAGAACUAUAGAUGCAUUCCCUUGAAUGGGAUCUACCAGUGGGGCUUUUCAAGUCAAUGGCUCAUGAUCGCCGCUAUCGUGAAUAGCGUCUUCAUUUUAGGUCUCUGGAUUCUCUGGGUAGACUGCGAUUUGAGGAGCGAGCUGUGCAAGAAGGGACGCAGGUUGGGACUUUGGCGAGCUGUGGCUGAUAUCUCGGAAGCGAUGAGAGAAGAGCUUGGCCCGAAUAUUUGCGCGUAUGACGAGUGGGACCUGGCUGAGGCGCUGAGAAGGAAGGAUCCGAUCAAGUACUACGCUGAACCAGGGGAUGGUGUUGAACCUGGUCAUAUUGGGUUGAGCUCGAGGAGGAGUGGACCACUAAAGCUGGAAUGGAAUCAUGAGUAUGGAGGUGGGAAGUGA